AGUAGAACUAUUUAAUAUAAGUCGUAAUUUAUGACAUCCCACAUGUUUAUAUACUAAUUAUAUUAUAUCAUCGUACUUCCGAUCAUUAAAAAAAGCUUGAAAAUAAAGCAAUUGACCGUCCUUAAAGAUCCCUUUGUUUCUAGUUUCUGCUUCUUAUUUCAAGCACAUCGAGUGUUAUCAAGAGUUAUAAUAUGAUAUCCUUAAAUUUUGUCUGCCAACUUGCAUCACCUUAUUUGCAUGAACUGUAAUUCUCUGCUCUCUUCUUUGCUAAUAUCUUGGCUUAGAGUACUAUUCGGUUUCUCUACCUCAGGCUUUCCCCUUAAAUUUCGUUUCCUUUCAUCGGCCAAAUUCGUUCUCUCCCGCAACUUCUUUCUCGUCACUUCCAGCUCCACCCGACUAAUCUUGCUCUAAUAUCUCAGAAAAAUGGCACCUAGCAAGCCUUCUUCUUGGACAGCCAAACAAAACAAAUUGUUUGAAAACGCUCUGGCAACAUAUGAUAGGGAAACCCAUGAUCGUUGGCGUAAUAUAGCCAGAAUUGUUGGAGGGACAACCGAAGAGGAAGUGAAGAGGCAGUAUGAGAUCCUUCUAGCGGACAUCAACCGCAUUGAAUCAGGAAAAGUUCCCCUUCCCAAGUAUCGGAAAGUUGGAGAAAGCAACAUCAGCAGUGAAGAAGAGAGGCGGAGUUGCACUAUCAACAUGCACCUCGCUCAUAUCUUUUGUUCAUAUGCUGGCAGUAAAUCUGUUCAUUGAUGAAGAUUUGCAACAGUAGAAAGCACUUAACUCAGAAAACACUACAAGCUUCGUGUAUAAUAACUUCCAUUUACCUUCUACAGGCUAAAGACCCUAAAGCUCUAAAGGAAGACGCCCUCCAGCGGUAGACACAGCACCAAUUUCCUCUUGAAGUGGAUCUAGCAUAACCAAAAUCUGCACCCCUUCCCAUUCCCUCCUAUCUUUUCCCUGUAACUUCAAGAUGCAGUAUACUUUCCUUUGCCUUGUUUGCACAUGUAACAAGGAAGAAUCCCUGCAUAUGCAAGUGCUUAUUUAUUUAUAAUCAUCAUUAAUUAAAGAAAGCACGUACUACUAUUA